UCGGGAGCCCGCCUCGCCUCGGCUCCAUGGUGAGGAGAAGGAAGAGCCCCCCCGGCCCGGCAGACCCGCACCAUGGGAUGACAGUCAAGCUGGGUGACCACAGCAGCGGUGUUGGAGCCCCCGAGGAAGGCCUGAGGAAGCUGGGCAAGCGAGGAGCGGCCGGCGAGGAAGAGGGGUGGCCCGAAGGAGGAGGAUGUGGGGGAGACGGAGGGCAGAAGAAAGCCGAGGAGGGGACCCCUCGAGGAGGAGAGGCGAACGGGGGUCCCUCCUCGGGAGUCCCAGCGUCGCCCCCGGUUUCCUCCUCCUCGGGACCGCCGCCACCACCACCACCGACAGCCCCCGGCCACGACCAGCAUCACUUCCUCCGGUCCAGCGUCCGGCCGCAGAGCAAGAGGCUGAGGAAGGAUCCCCAGGCGGAAAUGUGCAGUGGAGUAUCCCACGGCUCUGUUUUAGGCCCAGCCGGGCAAGGUGCCGAUAAUGGCGGGGCGUCAUCUGGCAACUCCUCAGGAAUCCCGUCCAGCACCCCAGCCGGCAAUUCAAAAUCAAGUUCCAGGAACUUGAGCACAUCUACCGGAAAAGAGGAAGGCAAGAAAGUGAGGCGUCAAUGGGAAUCCUGGAGCACGGAGGACAAGAAUACCUUCUUUGAAGGCCUCUAUGAGCACGGCAAAGACUUUGAAGCGAUUCAGAACAAUAUUGCCCUGAAGUACAAGAAGAAAAGCAAGCCCGCAAGCAUGGUGAAGAACAAGGAGCAGGUCCGGCACUUCUAUUAUCGCACUUGGCACAAGAUUUCCAAAUACAUUGACUUUGAUAAUGUGUUUUCUCAAGGGCUGAAAAAAUCCUCCCUCGAGCUUUAUGGCUUAAUUUGUUAUGGGGAGCUCAGAAAGAAGAUUGGGGGCUGUAUGGAUGACAAAAACGCCACUAAACUCAAUGAGCUUAUCCAAGCUGGAGCUACAACGGUUCGCUACAAAGGCAGGAACCUUCGCAUCAAGGCCCCCAUGUGCAGGGCUCUGAAGAAGCUCUGCGAUCCAGAUGGUAUAAGUGAUGAGGAAGAUCAGAAGCCUGUGCGUCUUCCCCUGAAGGUCCCCGUGGAACUGCAGCCACGGAAUAACCACGCCUGGGCUCGUGUGCAGAGUCUGGCCCAGAACCCACGACUCAGAAUGAUCGUGGAGCUGCAUCGGAAGGUAUCCAGCCUCAUUGAAUUCCUGAAACAGAAAUGGGCUCUCCACGAAGUGCGUAUCAGGAAAACACUAGCCGAGCGGCAGCUGCAAGAUUGCAGAGAUGCUGAAGCCGGCAGCAGCUUCCGAAGGAAAACGACGUUCCAUCUCUUCCCGGGGGAGAACUGCACACUGACCCCCGGGGUUGCCCGCGUGGUACACUCCAAAGCUUUCUGCACAGUGCAUUGGCAGGAAUCGGGCCGCUGCAAGCAGAGUACGAAGGAUGUCCACCUGUUGCCCCCUGCCCAAAUCCUGGGCAUACAGAGCGGUCAGGGGACAGCCAGAGGGCAGGUGAAAUACUCACGGGGGGCGGAAAGCAAGGGCGGAACCAAACCCGAAACGACGGCAGAAGUGAGCAGAACGCCUCAGUUGAUCCUUGAUCCCGUCGCGAACCCGGACGACUGCUCCGCUGAAGCUGGGCUCACCGAAGGCGCAUCCUCGGACCUUGGCAUCACCAGCCAUCUCAACAAGCCGCCCGCUGGGCUUCAGGACCCAAGCGGGAGCCUGGAGAAGUCCGUCCUGGUGGCUGAGAGCAGAGUGGUGGUGCCCGCCGCGGUAGACGCCAGCAGCAGCGGCAAGUGCAGUUGCGGCGAUCUCCCGCCGGAUUUGGAAGAGUUCUCCCUGCUUGAUCCCUUCCCUCGUUACAUGAAGUCCUGCCAUGAUCUGAUUGUCCCUGAGAAGUGUCUCUGUGCCGAGAAGCUGGAUAGAAAAGAGGUGGUGGCCUUUCCGGAAAGUUCUUCUCCCGGGGGUGGUUUCCCUGGCAGCAUGGAGACCGGCAGCCGCAGCCCCCCACAGCUGGCAAGCAGCAGGGUGGACUUGCUCAGUGUUGGUCCAUCCACUUCUGAAACUCAGGCCUUCCCCUGCUCCGGACUUCAAGCGGAACCGUGCGUGAAGGAGCUUCCCGAUGUAGUAAUGGAGGAUUCUCAGGAGAAGCUCAACCCCUCACCACCACCACCUCCUCCACCUCCACCGCCUCCAGCUCAGGGACAGACGGCCGCAAAGCCUGUCAAAGACGACCCCAGCCGCCUCGCACAGCAAGUGCGGGAGAAGGGGUGGAGCUUGCGGACCUCUGAAAGCCUUACCUUGGCUGAAGUCUACCUCAUGAUGGGCAAGCCGAACAAACUGCAGCUAGAAUACGAUUGGCUGGCAGUCCUGGGGCAGGAAACCCAGGAUGCCGGGGAGCCCAUCGCCGAACCGAAAUCUGUUCCUCCAUCGGCCACUUUCCACAAACAGAAACUCCUCAAUUGCCUCUUGAAACUCAUCUCUUCUGAAGUGAACCCCAAACCAAUUCCCGAAACGAAUUCCGUUGCAACCCCCAUCAAGCCCAUUCAAGAGGAGCAUGCUUUGACCCCUCCCGGGAAGGUGAUUACCAUUAGCACCAGGAGCCCGGGCUGUGCUCGCAACCAACCUGCUGUUCAUAAGAAGACCUUUUCCCCCAGUGCCACUCCCAACUCCUCAGGUUUCCGAAAUCCUUCUAAACCCCUCUUAGUGGCUAGUUCUUCAAGUUCCAGCAACCCUGAUGCCGACGGUGGCCUCUUCGCCAUUCCCACAACCCUCCCACCCAACAGCAGGCACGGGAAGCUUUUCUUGCAAAACAAAGAAGCCGACCUGAGUUUCCGCCAGUGCUUGGAUACCAUCAGUAUGCAAUCGGAUUUUUUCUUGCCAAAGCCAAGAAAACUACAGCAGCACCUGCGGAAGCCGCUGGUUGUACAGAGAACACUGCUUCCAAGACCUUCCGAAAAACCUUCCCAGCACGUUUGUUCCUUUUCCAUCUUAUCGAACUCCUCCAUAACAGGUGAGGGAUCUUUUCGGCCCAUCCAGUCUUCGCUGACUAAAGCUGCCGUAUCGCGCCCCAUAGUUCCCAAGAUCCUUCCAGCUCAAGCCACCACUCGUCUGUCCAGCGCGAUUGAUUUGGCGGCUAAAUCAGCCGGUAUUAUCCCCGGCAAUCCAUUGCCACUGCUGGGGACCGAAGGUUUGCCAAGUUCCCCGCUCUCACCAGAGGCAGUAACUACCGUGAUUGGAGGUCAAGACUCCACAGUGGCACGUCAGAAUGGAGGCUCCAUAGCAACAGUCGCGGGUACAAGCCAUGAAUGUCGGGUUCCUUUCCUUGGUCUACCAUCCCAAUCUGAGCAGGAAGCCAUUCCCGAUGGCUUCCAGGGAACACCGGUCCUCUCUCUGCCAGAGCUGCCUAAAACGUCUCUCCAGAACGGUCUCUCCUCUCCACUCCCCUCUUCCGGCAACAGCACCCGCCUGUCUCCUCAUGUCUCCGCUCUCCUUGACAUCCUCCCUGGGCCCCCCGAGGAUGUUCUGUCUCAGGGAGAACCGGCCACUCAAAUCAGCGACUCCAUCAUUGAAAUAGCCAUUAGCUCUGGCCAAUACGGUGAGAAUGUUUCCCUGUCCCCAGCCAAGCUGAACGGCAGUGAUAAUUCCAAAAGUCUUCCGUCUCCAUCCUGCAGCCCCCAGCAGAGCUGGAUCGCUUCGCCCAGCCACGAUCCACAGUGGUAUCCCAACGACUCCACCGACUCUUCGCUCAGCAGCUUAUUUUCCAGUUUCCUUUCUCCAGAAAAGGGCCGGAAAAUGUUGCCCACCUCAGUGGGCAAUCCAAGCAGCACCUCCUUGUUGGGGCCCAGUCUGCUGGGGAAUUCACGGGAUUCUUUUGUCUCUCGGUCCAUGGCGGAUGUUGCUGAGGUGGUCGAUUCCCAGCUGGCCUGCAUGAUGAACGAGAACAGCAUUGAUUACAUCUCUCGGUUCAAUGACCUUGCCCAGGAGCUCUCCAUCCCUGAGCCGACCCGCCGAGAGAUUCUCUUUGACGGAGGGAGUGGCGGUCCCCCCAUCGGCGACCUUUCUCAGUGAAUGCCUCCCACCAGCGGGCUGGUGGGCGCCGUUGAAUUGGUCAUAACGUGGAGGAAUGACGUCAUAGCUAUGCAGCGGAUUGGGUUUUAAUUUUUUGGCGUUUUUUUAAAAAAUCAUUGUCCUGGCGGGAGCAUGCCUGAGAAGAGAGAGGUUUUCUCUUCGACCUUCUACGGUUCCUGGAAAGUGCAAUAGGCUGGGAAAAAGACAGUGUGGAGCAGUAUUAUAGUAAGUGACGUGUGUAAGCUGGUGACCAGCAACGUUUACAAAGGCAGCUCUGGUUUUAAGGUCUGAGCAAGAAAC